AUGUCGUCAUCACCUACCUUGGAGUCCUUACCUUUCGACGUUCUCUUUCAAAUAGCAGCCUACCUUGACAUUCGAGACUACAUACACCUCAGUCACUCGAGCCGCUCAAUUUUUAGCUCAAUGAAAGAUACCAUCAUUGCACGGGCUACUGUCAAGAACAUUCUGCUUGGCAGCAAAGAAGGACAAGCAGCUUGGGCCACUAAGACUGGCUAUUAUCAGGUCAUCAGACAUCGGUUUGAUGUUCAUGAGGCGGUUGCUACUGCGUCCCCAUAUUCUGUUUCAGUGCUGGCUUAUGCCGCAGACUUCUUAUACCACCAAGGCUUUCUGUGCUAUCGAGUCAAAAACCAAAUUCGUUUGCUGAAUGUACACAAUACAGGCCAAAAAGAGCUUGUUUUGGACCUCGACCAUAUGAACAGUUACGACAUCGGAAUUGAAUACAUUCUCUCGGACGUGGGAGAACAAACUACCCUUCUAUGGUUCAGUUGCGGGAUCCUGAUCCUUCUGUUCAGCCAAGCCAAUUCAAAUGUUGCUGAUCUGGUCGCGAUUGAUUUACAGCCCCGCCCAGACCAGGCUCGAAAGAGCCGUUUGCUUCUCCAAGAACCAGUGUCCUCCUCGGAUCCAAUUGUUGUCCGCCAUACCCGUCUGUAUAUCUGGUUUGGCACGUUCACGGCCGUCAAUGGCCGACAGAGUGCAUUGGUAUUGCGGGGCAUGCACUUCAAAACGCUCCAACGAACUGAGUUUUCCGUAGAAGUUCUUGUCGAUGGCGAGCUUGGCAAGAGAGUAUGCUUUGAGAUCUACCAGGGGCAUCUUUAUGUGGUGUCCAUAAUAGACCAGCAAGAGUCUUCCUUCUACCACUGGUCAUGCUACUCCCCAGAUCAUGAAAACAACCUGGGCAAUGGACGUCUUUGGCGCCGUGAGCAUCGUGAGGGCCCUAUCAACGAAAUGUGGGCUGACCUCUCUAUACAAGUGGACCAGGAAAAGGGCCGACCGGUCAUUCUUGAAUGCCGCCGUGAAUGGCUUGACGGUGGAAGCGAAAACCAUCGUACCUACUACACCACACCCCUUCCCACGCCAGACGAGGCCCUGGCAAUGCAUACAAAGGGGUUUACCCGGCCCACUGAUAUGGUGGACUCAGGUGAAGCUCAUAGCCAGCUCCCAGGAAAACGACCGGUUCGCGAUUGCCACGCUGAGCAUGAGAUUAGCCGUCCUCUGGACCAACGCUUCGACUUCAUUCCGGCAUAUACCAGGCACAGCAGCUACCACCUGGCCGCGGCGACCUACGUUGACCUUGUCGAUGACCCUAAGUUGCAAGUAGAUGGGGUGCGCUCUCAGCACCGCUUGCGACUUCGAACGAAAUCACGGGGAUGUAGCUGUGCAAUUGACGAAGGGGGCGUGGAGCAUUUCGACUCUCGUGGUGUUUGCUUAUGGCCUUCCGAAGAUGCUCCCUCGGAGCUACUGGCCCUACUAUGUCCAGACUCGUCCACCAGUCUUGUUCGGGCUGUUUGUGACGAGCGGUCGCUCAUAUACUCUACCUCUGCAGAAGGAUUGCCCCCCCAUCACCAUAUGCUGAUUCUCAUCAACUUCGACCCUAUGAUACGCUUUCCUUAUCUGACCUCCCUGCGCAAACAGAAGGCGAGUACAACGUCAACCCGAAAAGUGCUUGAUGCACCGCAGCCUAAUCUUCAUUGGUCUCACGCACGCGUACAAAAUGCGGAGGCAUUUCACCUAGCUAUUCGUUAUGGCUAUCGACCAUGA